ACGUUGCGGCAAAGUGACAGCUAAAUCUAUUGUCUAACUGUCAAAUUAACGUCAACGCAACGCAAACGGAUUUAAUGUGGGUGGCCCUUUAUGGUGGUAAGCUCCAACCGGUAUUAUACUCGGAUUAAAUCCUGAUCAAGAAUGUCCGGCUGCCUUGAUGUCGACAUCAGAGUUAAUCAACACGACUCUAUGCAAACACUUUGCAGAUCAUCCAUACAAGGACGGUAUUAAAAGUUAAUUCGAGUAGGAGCUUACCGCCAUUGGAUUUUCACAAGCUAUACUCACGCAUCAACAGGCCACAUGUUUACGCAAACUGUCGACUCAAAUUUGAAAACUAUGGAAUUUUCUCAAGACGAAGUAGUCGAAUGUUCGCAAAAAUCAUGCCGAGGUGCCAAACGGGCAAGUGGCCGACCCCGUAAAUCGUACACUCAGCGGAAGCCGAAAACGCGAACUUCACAACGGCAUCGCACUUCCGACAGUGCCGGUGGAUUGGAGAUUCCGGAGAGCUCAACGGAAGAAAGCUCGGUCAACGUGUCCGGUAGUUUGUUCUCCGGCCAGCAUGACCUGCUGAUGCAGUACGAUGAACACGAGAAGCGACAGCUGGGCAAUCCGCGGGACGAUCUGUUGGAACGGGUUCUGGAACAGUCCCGAAAGGCAUACGAACAGCUGAAGCUCCAGACCGAGUCGCGGGAUUUGUUCAGUGAGGAUGUUUGUCCAGCUCGGAAGGAGGUCAGUGUGAAUACGGAGGGCACUGAGAAAAGUGAGGCGGCAGUUCAGGCUUCUCAAGGGGGUGGGAUCAUUUCGAAGGAUUUUGGGGUACAGGUGGGAUUUGCGAAACCAGACCAAACGGAUGUCGCUGUUCAGUUAUCGCCAAACGUGUCGAAGCGCCAAACGAAAGAUGCUGAGAUUCAAUUAUCUCCACAGAAGGAGGCUAAAAAGAUGAAAACCGACGCUGGGGUCAAUACGGAUACCGUGCUGCGAGAAGAUGCCACGGCCCAAACCAUGAAAGUUGAAAAACGGAACGUCGGAGUGCAAAAGUACCACAGCACACGUGUUCGCGAGAUGGCCGUUCAGACAUCGGUGGGGGAACUGAACCGGAACGUUGGAAAGAGGAAUGUUUGCGUUCAGCAACGUUCAUCCGGAAUGUUGGAACUGAAUCGCGAAGUGGCACUUGUGCUGGGUAUCGAGCUGAAAUGCGACCCAACCCGGUUGCAGCGACUGCUGAUGCGAGUGGCCGCCAAGCAGUGCUCCAGAGAUGCGGACGAAUCAAGUGACCAACCAUCGACAGUAGGGGCCGAAUUUACCGAGGAAGAUCCAUACUGGGCAAACUAUGAAUACUUUAUGAACGAUGUGGUGACUGACGAUGGGGGCACCAGCGAUUCGGGACUGGGUGAGAUCGAGCCACGGAUGAGCUGUUGCAUCGAAGAGUCGAUUGGCUGAGGCGAAAGUUUCGAAAAAAAUAAAUA